AUGUCGCGGCGCGGCAUUCGCCGCUCCCGCCGGAACGCGUACUCCGUCACGCGACGCCUCGCAAGGACAUGGAGGGUUGAGUCGUCACGCAGCAGCACAGUGUGGUCGAGAGGGACACCGAGGCCGAGCGAGUCGCGAUCGAGAAUUUCUGUAUCCUACGGUACGGACAACAGUGACAGUGAGUGCGAUGAGGUGAGAUUGCACAGAAGAAGCCAUGUGCUCACACGACUCUACCACUUCCUCGUGUGGUUGGUGACAGCCUGUUGGUGGACGGUGGGUGGAAUGUUCUACAAGACAGUCAUAACUAUCUUCACGUUAGAUGGUUGGUUGCUGUCGAGAGUGACGAGAUUGUCCAGGAGUUCGUCCACGCAGACGGACAUGUCCAGGAGAACGGCCAGCGGUCAGGGGUCCAGACGAUUCGCGCGAGGACCGCAAGGUGGCGCCACCACCACCACGACGUACACCACCAGGCGCUACACGACGACGACGUACGGCGGGGCGCGUCACGGCGAUGGAUUCCUUCGCAGGGUCGCCGCCGGCUCCAAGUCCGCCGUCCUCGCACUCCUCUGGUUGCCGUGGAAACUCGUCUCGCUGGCGCUGCUGCCGGUGUACUACGUGGGAUCCGUGGUGCUGGUGGUCGUGCGCGGGGCGUGGCGCGGCGUCGUCGACCUCCGUCGCCACAGCGAUGCGCGACGCCCAUCCGUGCCCGACGAUGGAUACAGCAGCGACGUCGACCCCACCGCAUGGAUGCCGGCUUCACAGGUGGCGCCGGCGGAGGGGGGCGCGGCGGCGUGGGCGUGGGCUGUCGCCGCGUACCCAUGGAGGGUUGCGUGCCGUGGCCUGCGCGCCGUGCGGGCCGCCCACUUCUCGCUCAUGUUUUCGCUUUUCCUGCUGUCGCGGCGUGCGUGCGGGGCCAUCGCGGCCACCGCCUCCGCCGCCGUGCGUCUCCCCUGCCACGCCGCGAAGCGAGCAUCCCUCCUCUUCACCGAGCUCCUCUGGGAGGCUGAGCAUCGUCCGGAGUACGAGGAGGAGCAGCGGCAGAUGAGCAUGCAGUGGGAGGACGCGUACCCUGCUGUCGACAGCAGCUCCCUGUCGGAGUCCAUGCACGAAGCGGCGAGCGCGACCCGUGGCGCCCUCUGUACGACGAUCGUCUGGCUGCUGUCGCCGAUAACGUGGAUCCUGAUGUCGCUCUACCUUCUCGCUGGCUCCGUCUGCGGCGGCGUCCGCCGUCUAUUUCGUAGACGCGAAAAGGAAGCUUCGGUGGACGGACCCGUCACUCGCAGCAGGGCAAAGGCUAUGCCAGGAGACGAAGAGGAGGAGGAGGAGGAAGAGGGAGGGGAGAGACGCGGGUGGGGGAGGAAAGUAGUCGGCGUGCUCCUGUCACCGUUCUACCUGCUCUGGCUGGCGCUCUGGUACGCCACCCGUCCGAUCGCGGCCGCAUCAUCCUACGCCGCCUCCAGCAAGCAUCCGCAGACGUCGUCCGAGGACGAACCGGAGUAUCGCGGCGAGGAGAAGCAGCGGUGGAGCGUUGCCGCGGCGAUGCGGCGUGUCUUCUCGAGCGUCUUCCAUGUCGUCUCUCACGUCGUCUUCUGGCCCGUGUACGGCGUACUCGGGAUCGCAUGGAUCGUCACGCUGCCCUUCGUCACCGCCUACAGGGUCGUCGCCGCGGCAACCGCGUCCCGUCGCCGCGACGACUCGGUCGCCGACGAGGACGACGUCGUCGGGGACGGUCGCCGUGACGACGACGAAGACGUGGUGAUGCUGGAAGAGCGGAUGCAGCGACUGCGGCUUCAGCGGGGAGCGGCGGAGCGGCUGUGCAUCCUGCUCCUGACGCUGCUGCGCUUACCCGUCUCCCUCGUCGCGCUCCUCCUACGCUGCGCCGCCGCACCGCUCACCUGGCUCGGGUCAAAGGUCACGACGUGGAGGUCACGCCGGGCCGAGUCGUCGGGGGCGGAUGUCACGCGGGCGACGCGGCGGCAGACGCGAUCGAUGGCGGCCCAGGAGAGAGAGGAGGAGGAGAAGGAGGAGGGCGGGUUCUGGCGGAGCGCGGUUGCCGCGGUGAUCCACAUCCUGCUGCUGCCGUGGUACGUCCUCCUCGCGGCCGUCACCGUCCUGGUCACCCUGAUUACACUCAUCGUCAACGCGCUGCGGUCGCCGUGGCAACGCGUCGGAGCCGCCGACGGCGAGAAGGAGAGCGGAAAGAUGUCGGUGUUCGGCGACGCGGCACGUUGGAUCUCACGACCGUUCUGCGUCGCGUGGGCGACGGUCGCCCGGAGGAGCGACGACGAGGGAGGAACCACGUGGAGCAAGGAGGAGUUCGAGGAGAGGAAGGAGGGCGGCGUGUACACGAUGAAGACGAGGAAGAUGACGGUGACCGUGACGAGAGAGGGCGGCGACGGAAAGGAGGGGGGGAAGCCGCGGCGUGGUCGCGCGUGCGAGCUUCUCCUUCACGUGCUGACGAGUCCUCUGCGCGCGCUGCGCGGGGCGUACGCGCUCCUCCUCGCGUUCCUGCAUGCAAUCUCGCUGGGCGACGCACGCGCGCUAGCGACGCUCACGCGCGGCUCACACGCCACCGUCGACGCCGCGCGCUGGCUGUGUCGCUCCCCGCGCACGCUCUACGCCCGCAUCCGGAAGAAACCACCCGCUGGAGGGACGACGGAGGAGGAGGAUGCGGAGGAGGAGGAGGAGGAGGCUACUUCGCGGUCUUUUUUAGCGAUUAGGGGCGGCGUGUUCGGCGUGCCAGCGAGGGCCGCCGCCCGGGUAUUAUCAUCGGUCACAUCUGGUGUCGUGACGGGAAUCGGAAACGUGUUUCGCGGCUGCGGCGCUGCCGUCGCCAUGUUGUUCGCGCGGGUCAGGGGCGCGGGCGCGGAGUCGCUCGCUCGCCUGCGUGAGAGGGCGCUAGUAGUCGGCACGGCGGCGUGGGGCGGGGUCGGGGGCGUCCUCGCUUUACCGUUCAAGUGUCUUGCAUGGUUGCUUCUAGCCGGCUGGGCAGUUUUGUGCAACGUUGCGUCGGGUUGUUGGUCGCUCAUCCGCAACGUUGCGUCGGGUUGCUGGGCGCGCGUCUGCAACGCUGCCUCUGGUUGCUGGAUGUUGGCGUCUCGGUCGCUGUCGUCUGCGUGGCGUGUUGUUGCGUUUCCCGCGACGUGGUUGAGGUCGGACGCGCAGCACGUGGUGCCCCCUGGCGGGGAGCAGGUGCCGCUGUGGGCGUGGAUGUCUCGCUGGGUCGUCAGCAUCUUUGAGUGGGUCUCUCUACUGGACGCCUGGUUGCUGUCACGGCGGGCCGCAUGCUGCGUGUGGCUGCCGCUGCUGCUGCUGCCGCUCAUCCUGUUCGGAGCGGGCUACAAGGUGUAUGAAUACAGGGAUGAGAUCACGAGCUCUCUACCUGACCUGCCGUCCGCACCAACCCUGCCUGUCAUGGGACUGUGGAGCAAGAAUUCAGUUGCGAAGACGGCAGCGCCCCCUAUUGUGGCUAACCUGCCAUUGGGAGGUAUCGAUGCGGACACACGAGCCAUGAUACUUGACUUGAUCACAAGACAAAACAACCAACUCACAGCCUUCCAAGUGGAGGACAUGGUGAGAACGAUGAUUAAGGAUGAGCUGGCAGUGCUGCAUGCGAACGUUAGAGGUGAAGCUAAUCAGCAUGAAGCUCAGCAGGUUCAGAGAAUGUCGCUGCAUGAAGGCUCGCUAUCACAGCUACAGGCCAAGAUGGAUGUGCUGAAACUAAUGUCAGAGGAGUUGACCAGUGAGCUCUCACAAGCCAAGGCCAAGAUAUACCAGGGUGACAGGAGCAGCGGAGCCAGCCACGAGCAUGCGGAGGCGAUGGCCGCCGCUCUAGUAGGCCUGCACUGAUGAGCAGUGACGGACACGGACACGACGCUGGCUUCGGUGACUGGCUGCGUGCGGAGUUUGUCACGCACAGCAACAUGGAGCAGAAGGUCGCAGCGAUAGUGAAGGACAUGAGUAGCAAGAUGGACGUCAAGGUAGCGGAAGCAGAGAUGAAGGCGGGAGAGCGGGCGGAGACGGUGGCAGCGGGCAUCGUCAUGGCAGCCGCAUCGCAGAGCUCGGAGAACGCAUCACACAGCAAGGCUGUGCUGACAGAGAGCACUGUGAGAGGCAUUAUCCAAGCAGAACUAGACAAGUUUAAUGCAGAUAAGACAGGACAAGUCGACUAUGCUCUAGAAUCUGCUGGUGGCAGCAUUAUCAGCACGCGGUGCUCGGAAACUUAUCGAGGGCACUCCGCACAGAUCUCAUUGUUUGGCAUCCCGCUGUGGUACACGUUUACCUCCCCACGAUCCGUCAUCCAGCCGGAGGUGCAUCCGGGGCAGUGCUGGGCUCUGAAGGGAAGUCAUGGCUACCUCGUUAUACAGCUGUCUGGCUGGGUCAAGCCUACCUCGUUCUCCAUGGAGCACAUAGACAAGCGACUGUCGCCCACCGGUACGAUCGACAGCGCGCCAAGAGACUUCCAAAUUCUCGGGUUGAAACACGCCAAAGUGACGGAGGGCGUUCACCUUGGAACGUACAGGUUUGAUGCUAACGCACCGCCGCUGCAGUAUUUCCAUGUCGCGGAUCCUGAAGUGGAGGCUUAUCCGAUCAUUGAACUGCGAAUACUCAGCAACCACGGCAACAAGGACUAUACGUGCCUGUACAGAUUCCGAGUGCACGGCAUCUACGUGGGACCGUACACGCCAUGAGGAGCCGGCGAUCCUUAACUCUCGCCAUCACUACCGUGCGAUCUACGGCGACGGCUACAACAAGCACCGUGCCAGGCCACGGGGCAACGAACUCGAGAACUAGGUGUUAUACGUGUGACACACGCAGUCGUUUGCGUGACCAUCGGGUGGAUUCCAGAAGCAGUGUGGAGGGAACGGUUAUGAGUGCGUUUUCUUCUCAAUGCGGUAGAUGCGACGGCGUUUACCCGCGUGGCGCCCCCUAUGUGCGAUGGGGUGAAUACACUGAUGUACAGAUUUUUCGCGUGAAUAAUGAUUUGAUGUAGUAGUUAGCUGUCUAUCUGCAGCGUAGUGUUGAGACGUGUACAGCAUCCGUAAACCAGCUUCUCCUUCACGAGGCGCAGUACAGCGGAGUCGCAGCAGUUCUCACGUCUAAAUUUUCGCGGGAUAAAUAUCUUGGUAAAUGUGUACAAGUGUAGCAAUGGGACGUUUCUGUCUUUUGGGUGGCGGCUAGGUUAUUGAUUAUUGGUGUAGUACUAUAAAUUACAUUUUUAACAUUUGCCGCCUUCACAGUUCAUGCUAUUAUUAAGGGGACGAAUACACUGGUCACAUAUUUCUAAGACAUACAAUGGUUACUUAUUGACAUACAGACUUGUUCCGUUUCGAUUUGCUGUUUUUUAUUAGUAGAUAUGUAGAGGCAGAAUAUUUAGAUUUUCUAUAUAUAUAUAUAUAAGAAUAGUAGUAUUGUAUGUAUGUGUGUGACUCAUGAUUUAUGUAAUCUUCAAACUGAUGACCUGUAGUAAGAGUUUUCAACUGUAAUCCAUGUGUUUAUGUUUUUCAGAUAAUCUUCUACCCAACAUGUAAAACUCCGUAAAAGUUAGUAAUGUAUUAUACCUUUUUACGUGUAGAAACCAUUUUCGUGUAUAAUUUGCAUAUAAUAUAUCCUCCAUUGUGGCGAAUCGUUGCAAUAGCAGGGUAGCUCUAGCUGUGUAACCUCACAAUUUCAUCUUACAGUGAGAAACGCUAUCACACAGGCAGAGCUAAUCACAGGAUAACUGUUAGUCGUUACUGUCAGCGGUUACUUGACACUUCACACAAGAAGUCAGCUGCGUGUUUCCCACGUUCAGACGGAUCCUGAUGUAUGAUAGACGUCAUAUUUUUCUCCCCGAUCUUGUAUACCCUUCACAUGGGAACAGCAUCGAUUUGGUGAAAUAGGAUUCGAUUGUCAACAAACUGAAUCUGACAACUUAUCAAAGAAUUUAAAGGUGACCAUGCAGUAACUUUUCAUUAUAGAUCUACGAAAACAUUCAGAGAAAAUCUACCUACCAUCUGCAGGCGUUUUUUUGCAGCCGUAAAAUUCUGGGAUUAAGGGACCAAAAGCCUCUACCGACCGAUAUGAGACGAUUGGCAUUGGUAAGCGUAGGUCCCUGGCGCGGUGUGGACUCCCGUAAACCAACGUGCGGCAAUCUCAAUCGUAACGCAUCACGCGGGAGAUGGUUCAAGCUCUCACGAUUCGAAUCUCGCGAUCGUGUUUCUUCCUGACACAAUCCUUCGUCAUUGAUGCGCCAGUAGACGUGCAUUUAAGGGAGGGGGCAAUUUAUUGUAUGCAGAUUGAUUUGCUUCUGGGUAGUAGAGAUUUGCUCUCUUUAUUCACUCGAUAUGCAUGUAAUGGUAGAAGCUCUUUCCGUGUGCGAAAUUUAAAAUAGCAGUAUUUGAUGUUGUGUGGUCAUACGUGCAAGGUCACCAGGUCUGUGCGUUCACCGAACAUAUGCAAUUUUAUGAUGUAAAACCACAGAUUUUGAGAUUCGAUACUUGACAUAUACUUUAUGCAUAUAAGUUUUCUACCAGUGCGUUGAUCGCAAAAAAAAUUCUGUAGCAAACGUCUUGUCAUGUUCAUAGCAGAACAUACAAUUGUACACCUGAUUGUCUGUGUCAUCUAAAAAGUAGCAAUAGCUGUGUAGAGAUUCUCAUGUUUCAUCGCAAGGUUGGUUAUAUUUGAUUGCUGAUGUUAGAUGGCACAGUAACGUUUGCUGCCCUAGUAUGGACGUAAUAGUAGAAGGGUGGUGUGAUGUAAUAGACGGUUGACUGUUAAACACAACUAGUUGUUGAUAAUUUGUAUCACACUGAUAAAUCAUAUGCACCUGA